AUGUCGACGUCACUGCCACUGCCCAAGGGCUUUUUUAACACGAAUGUACGCGUGUCGGAGGACAUGCGGCGCCAGUACAUUGAGUUCGCUGAGGGCUCCAUCCGCAAGGUCUUCGCGUUGAGCGACUGUCACAAGAAUAGCUGGAUCCCCAUGCGGGAGAAGAAAGGGGUAGCUGUCUACCGCAAUUUUGGCCAGAUGCGCGGCCCCAUGGCAUACAAGUCCAAUGUUGCCGAGGUGGGCUGCAAGGGCCAGCUCACGGCCUCACUAGAUCAGGUCGGCCGCGCAUAUGCGGCGCACGACGACGCACUUUUCAGAAGACUCAUGAAAAAACAAAACCCGGCGGUGAUGGAUGCUGCUGUGCUGUCCACGAUCGUACCACGCACACCGCUCACGCCGUUCAGGUACAUCGGUAUCAAGUGGUACGCUGUCAAAACGCCCACGCCCAUCGUUUCUCAUCGCGACUACUGCUGUCUUGAGGUGCAAGACAAGAUUGUGGACUCGUUUGGCAACGAGAUGUAUAUUCGUAUCCUCAAUUCGAUUGAGAUCAACGAGUGCCCGUCGCUUGAGAACUCACAUGGACUCGUGCGUGCAAAGAUACUUGCUGGAUACAUGUACCGCACCGAUCGCGCCGAGCCGAAUGUAGUGCGCGUUCAUCACGUGGCGCGAUUUGACCCUGGAGGUUACUUUCCGGCGCAAUGGGCCUUUAAAACAGCCGAGUCGCAGCUAGUGAACAGCAUCGUGCAGAUCAAUCGUAUCAUUGACAAGCAGCAGAUGAACGCGUGUACUUUUGUAGACAAGAAACUAUGGGUGCCUAACCAUGAGCGUCUGCAUUGCGCUGUGUGCAGCCGGGCCUUUGGCACAUUCCGCCCGCGCCACCAUUGUCGAAGCUGCGGUGAGGUCAUUUGUGGUAAAUGCAGUGUGUUUAAGUCAGUGGAAGUGCCAGGCACCACGCUCAAGAACGUUCGAAUUUGCUCGGUGUGCAACAUGGGCGUGCAAAAGGCGGAUGGGCACGAUGAUGAUGGAAAUAUGUCGGAUAUAUCUACCUCCUCCGUUACAUCCAGCAGUACUAUUGCACACAACGAGAUGAAUCUGAUGGAUCUUUACAUGAAUAAUGGUGGGCCGCGCACUCUCUCAGAUUAUUCGGACGCUUCCGCGCAAUCUAAUAUGUCGAUACGUUCAACGACUUCUUCACAAUCGGUCAAUAAUGCUCGGGGGCGAGGACACGGCCGGCCUCGAAAAACACGUACUCCUCGCGUUCUCACUAAGGAGAGGAACACACCACGGUCAUACAUUGCCAACAAUCUGACGCCCCGCAGUACACAUGAUCUCGGCUUCGGUUCUGGGGGCUCUACUCCCCAAUCCGGAGCAAACAGCGCGGCCUCGACGCCCACUGCAAGAAGGCCAUCAAUUUCAGCGGCAAGUGUGGUGGCUGCUGCGGCAAUCACUGCACAGCGCUUGUCAAGUUACAAGCAACACCCGGUCGAUAUAGGCUAUUUGCGUGAAUCGAUCACUGAGGUUCCAGUGACAACAGCACGCGAAAGGCCUGAGGAUUCGAUGACAUCGUGGCCGCCUGCCAAGAUGCAGCGGGUGGAGACGGAGGAGACUGCAGAUGUGGACAUGGAGGCAGACGAGCAGGAGGAAAUGGAAGUGAAACCAGCGGCAUCUCUUGCUGGUGUCACUAAAGAAGAGCGUCCGCUGGGGUUGCAGUUACCAAUUGUGGAGCGUAUCUCGGAAAGCCCAUUCGAACAGUCGAUCAGUGGGUCGACCGUUUUCCGCGUGUGCUUGGACAAGGAGGACCCCGGUAGUGGUGCUGGUGCCAGCAACGAAGCCCUUUCAACACCCAGCGGCUUACGGCCUUUCUUAAGUGGGCUUCUAUCGCACGUGCGCGGCGAGUCGACCGAGAAGUCCUCGCAGCCGGUCGCCUAA